UAAAUAAGAAUGAUAGAAAUAGAAACCGAAAGAAACAAACUGAUGCCAUCACCGCUAGAGCUUUUUAUUACGCAGAAAUGCUCUUCAUCGUAACCUUCGCUUUUCUUUUAGCUUUAUCCUGGGCUCUUCCAAAGGAUUUUAUAAUUCAGUUCGAACGCAAAGUGUUGAUAAACGGGACGGUCGUGGAGAGGAUCCUUCUUCUUAGUCAUCCGCAUUUAAAGGGACAGUUCGACAAGCAACCUGUUGUCAGACCCAUUCAAGAUGAAGUCCUGAAAAUGAUGGUGGAGAAUGAUCAUGCUACAGCAAUUUUUGGCACAUAUAUACGUUUGAGGGAAUGCAAGAUGAGAGGUUAUCAGGUCCUGCAGCUGUCCGACCGGUUUCAGCUCAAUGGGAGAGAUUGUCUGACUUUAGAUCCAGAAAGUGAUUCAUGGACGGUGUUGAUGCCAGAAGCGCAUGAUCUAAAGCAGUCUUGGACGCUUGAGGCCGAGCACACGAGUAUAGAGAAGGUCCACCUGAAAGAAGAAUGUGAGGAAUUCAUGAAGCAGAUGAAUGACACCCAGGAUCAAGAGGGGCUUGGUGUGUUAAGAGUGAUGGCUCCAGUUCUGGCCACUUUUCUCUUCUUUGGAUUUGUCUUUAUAAGCUACCUUAUCUUCAAACGACAUGGUCAACAGCCAGGAGGUGUUUUAGGCUCAAUAAUCCACUAUCCAGCCCAUCAUUUUGAUGUGCCAUUGGACGGACAGAGCCACGGGGACAUCUCUCAAGUUCCAGUGCUGAAGGGACAUUAUUAGCAAUCACCUAGCCUGCCUGACCACAUUAUUGAAAAGAUAGUCAACUCUUUCUCCUGAUUGCACUGAUUUGAAAGUUCAGUAAUAAAUUUGUUCUAAUUUAUAUAUCCAGUGUUUGAAAGGAAAGGUCUUUAAUUAAAAUGAUCUUGAAAGCUUAGUUAUUCAAGUUAUUUUGAUGAUAUUAUAUGUACAUUUUGUUACAAAAUGUUCUUAACAACAAUGCAACUAAUUGAUAUGCUACCCUUUACUAUAUAACACAAUCUGAUUAAAUGUCAGGUAGACAUAUUUACUUUUUUUUAACAUUUGUUUAAAAUUUUGUGCUUUUUUCAUUUUCCCUGAAUAUGUAAAACAACUGAUAUCCGAUAACCGAUUUUGUUGUAUCUGACACCAGCUGUAAUUUUAUUGAAAUUCAUGCAAAAAGAUCAAACCCAGCAAAAAACCAAAUCAAACUUAUUUAUCUCAUGAUAAAUUUACUGUACUUUUUAUUUUAUGUAAUAAAGAUGGAAUAAGUUUAGUUCAUGUAA